AUGAUCCGUUCUGUCACCAGGUGUGUGCAAGAGCCGCACAUCUCCACGUUAACGGGACAGGAGGUGAGGGCUUCCUCUCCAGGAGGUGAUGGUCGUUCACCUUCCAACACCGCCUCCUCUAGAUCACGGUUACAGAGCUGCCAACAGACAGCCACACAGGACUCAACAGGUGCACCUGAGAUUCACAAACAAACUGUAAUAUCUUUAAAUGUUGUCCCUCAGGCUUUUCUACAGAGACAAAGCUUACAGCAAGAGCUCUGUGAGUUCUGCCACAAGCACAGCUACAWCCUGGUGGUGGCCAUGACRAUCUCCUUCAACGAUAACAAGGAGCCCUUCAGGCAGCUGGCYGUCUACAGCUCCAGCACCCUCUACAGGGGGGAGAUGAGCCAAGCCUUGGAGCAAGCCCGGAGCCCCAGUCUGAGCCUGAGUCCAAUGAGCAGCCCUUACUCGGACAUCAGGGCUUAUCUCCAGGGCAACACGUUGGCUUCCAGGAAGAAGGUGCUGCCCAUCAUCAAGGACUUCCUGAGGGACAGGGAGCGAAGAGAGGUGCAUUGUGGGAGCCUAGAGGAGAGCUACGAGGCACCAUGGCAACGAGCGUGCACUGAGGACGUUGGGAUAGAGGAGGACUCCUACUUCCCCCCCACCCCUAUGAACAGUCUGGUGGAGGGCUGUCCCCUUGACAACGGGCUGCCCAAGAUCAGCGCUGAAGCUCUGACGGAGAAGUUCAGCAAGAUGGCCAGCGAAGAGGAGAACGCAGGGGGACACUGAUGUCACUCACACUCCUGGUGGUCAGCGGAGCACCCAAGCUCACUAACYUGUAUAACAGCUGGAUGGCCAGAGAGUUCUCGUAACAGGAUUCAGACCAGUCAGUACAGAUUGUUUGUGACUGUGCAGGGUGUUAAGGUAGGCACAACAUUGAUCCGCUGGGACGAGGACUGGGAGUCACACUGUUCCCAAUACAGAGGAGUAAACAAUCCACUGGCAAUCAUAUUGGAGAUGAUGGAAAUGUAUUGAAAAUAUUAGCGGUCCAAGGCACUGCAUCUC